AUGAUUAAGGCACCAAAUCUGCAGUCUCUGUUGGCUUCUCGAGACGAGAUAACUCACAAACCCGACGUCAACAACUUUAGAGCGAAAGAGCAAGAAUGUCUAUACCUCUUGAAGAGAUGCAAGAACAUAGAAGAGUUCAAGCAAGUUCACGCCAGGUUCAUCAAGCUCAGUUUCUUCUGCUCAUCUCCGUUCUCAGCGAGCAGCGUUCUCUCAACCUGCGCUCACUCGGGAUGGGAGAGCAGUAUGAAUUACGCAGCGUCGAUUUUCAGAGUCAUCGAUGAUCCUUGCACGUUUGAUUUCAACACAAUGAUACGAGGGUAUGUCAACGAAACGGGUUUCGAGGAAGCAUUGUGUGUUUACGUUGAGAUGAUAGAGAAAGGGAUUGAGCCGGAUAACUUCACGUACCCGUGUCUUCUCAAGGCCUGCACUCGUUUGAAGUCGAUUCGAGAAGGGAAGCAGGUUCACGGGCACGUGUUUAAGCUCGGGUUUGAAGCUGAUGUCUUUGUUCAGAACAGUUUGAUCAAUAUGUAUGGAAGAUGCGGAGAGAUGGCACUCUCUUCUGCGGUUUUUGAGAAACUGGAAUGUAAAACAGCUGCGUCGUGGAGCUCAAUGGUCUCAGCUCGUGCGGGCAGAGGAAUGUGGAGGGAUUGCUUGAUGCUGUUCCGUGAGAUGUGUAGAGAAACGAAUCUGAAAGCGGAAGAAAGCGGAAUGUACAAACUUCACUAG